UACCGUAAUUCGGAGCGGACCACACGGAAGGUUUGUAGCAAUGGCGGCGGCUGAAAACAAUGUGGAACUGAAGCGAAAAGCAGAAGAUGAACCAGAGCAGGAUGGAGACGGAGAAGAGGAGGAGUGGGUCGGACCCAUGCCGAGUGAAGCUUCCUCGGCCAAGAAAAGGAAAGUUCUCGAGUUUGAAAGAGUUUAUCUGGAAAACCUGCCGUCGGCUGCGAUGUAUGAACGGAGCUACAUGCACAGAGACGUCAUCUCACACAUAGCUUGUUCCAAGACAGACUUCAUCAUCACAGCCAGCGCCGACGGCCACGUCAAGUUCUGGAAGAAGAAGGAGGACGAGGGAAUCGAGUUUGUCAAACACUUUCGAAGUCAUCUCAGUGUGAUAGAAAGCAUCGCAGUCAGUUCUGAAGGCGCUCUUCUGUGCUCUGUUGGCGACGACCAGGCCAUGAAAGUCUUUGAUGUUGUCAACUUCGACAUGAUCAACAUGCUGAAGUUGGGCUUUCAGCCGGGCCAGAGUGAGUGGAUUUACAACCCAGGCGAUGCCAUCUCCACAGUUGCCUGCUCGGAAAAAUCCACGGGGAAGAUCUUUGUCUACGACGGGCGAGGAAGCAACCAGCCGCUCCACGUCUUUGACAAGAUGCACUCCUCUCCGCUCUCCCAAAUCCGCCUCAAUCCCAAAUUCCGAGUCAUCGUCUCCGCCGACAAAGCGGGAAUGCUUGAAUACUGGACAGGCCUCCGGAAUGAAUUCAGAUUUCCCAAAUACGUGAGCUGGGAAUACAAAACAGACACAGACUUGUAUGAAUUUGCAAAACACAAAACGUAUCCGACCAGCCUGGCAUUUUCUUACGACGGGAAGAAAAUGGCCACCAUCGCUACGGACAGGAAAGUCCGGAUCUUCCGCUUCCUGACAGGGAAGCUGAUGAGAGUGUUUGAUGAAUCUUUAUCUAUGUUCACAGAGCUGCAGCAGAUGAGGCAGCAGCUUCCUGACAUGGAGUUCGGGAGGCGGAUGGCUGUGGAGAGAGAGCUGGAGAAGGUGGACGGGAUCCGUCUGACCAACAUCAUCUUUGAUGAGACCGGACACUUUGUGCUGUACGGCACCAUGCUGGGCAUCAAGGUCAUCAAUGUAGAAACCAACAGGUGCGUGCGGAUCCUCGGGAAGUUGGAGAACAUCCGCGUGGUCCAGCUGAGCUUGUUCCAGGGGGUCGCCAAGGCCAUGCAAGUGGCGGCGCCCACCGUGGAGAUGAAGGCCUCGGACAACCCGGCCUUAGACAACGUGGAGCCUGACCCCACCAUAUUCUGCACCGCCUUUAAGAAGAACCGCUUCUACAUGUUCUCAAAAAGAGAACCGGAGGACACUAAGGGCGCCGACUCGGACAGAGACAUCUUUAACGAGAAGCCCUCGAAGGAGGAGGUGAUGGCCGCCACGCAGGCUGAGGGUCCGAAGAGGGUGUCAGACAGCGCCAUCAUCCACACCACCAUGGGAGACAUCCACAUCAAGCUUUUCCCAGUAGAAUGUCCCAAAACUGUGGAGAACUUCUGCGUCCACAGCAGGAACGGUUACUACAACGGACACAUCUUCCACCGAGUCAUCAAGGGUUUUAUGAUUCAGACAGGAGACCCCACCGGCACAGGAAUGGGAGGAGAGAGCAUCUGGGGGGGAGAGUUUGAGGACGAGUUCCACGCCACGCUGAGACACGACCGCCCGUACACGCUCAGUAUGGCCAACGGAGGCCCCGGCACCAACGGCUCCCAGUUUUUCGUCACCGUUGUACCAACUCCGUGGCUCGACAACAAGCACACCGUGUUCGGCAGGUGCACCAAAGGCAUGGAGGCCGUCCAGAGGAUCUCCAAUGUCAAAGUGAACCCCAAGACGGACAAACCGUACGAAGACAUCAGCAUCAUCAACAUCACCGUCAAGUGAUCGCACGGUCUCCGUCACUUCCUGUACAGCAAUGUCUCUUUUUUUAUUUUAUACCAGAUUAAAGAAUGAUGAGUGACCGUG